AUGGCGGCGAAAUUCGAACGCUGCCUCCUAGAGACGAGCUUUCUGAAGAAGGACAUCGCGACCCAACAACAAAAGCUGCAGCAGUUGGAGGAGAAGAAUGAAAGAAAUGAACAAGUGAUCUCGACCCAGACCAGUCUCAUACACUCAUUACAAGCGGAAGCGAUCGUGAGGGACCAGAAGAUCGAAUCUCUGGAGAAUGCUCUUGCAGAAAAGGAAACCCAUAAGAGAGAUUCGAUCGUCAUCCCUCGUCUGGAAAGAACAAUGGAAGAGCUGGUCUAUCGAUGCGAGCUUCUGGAGGCAGCGAGGAAACUGAUGGAGGAACAAACAAAGGGACUUCAAAAGGAUAAGGACUUGGAAGUGAAAGGCCUCCGUGAGGAAAUCGAAUCCCUCAAGCAAAUUAUACAAGGACUGGAGGACAAGUCCAAAAACGAAGUCGAGAAUCUAGGAUCAGACACGAGGGCAGCUGAAUCUCGAGGGAACAGAACUGAAACGAAGAUUGGAUCAGAGGAAAAAAAGGAAGCUCCGACUUUGGAGGACAUCAUCCCCAGUGAGGAGGCUUCAGAAGUUACCUCCCCUAGGGAGGAUUACGUCCCCACCACCCAAAGCGAGGCCUGGAAGGAGGAGCUCAGCACGACCUCACAAUUUGUUGCUGAGAGAGCAGCCUUCAGCAUACAGAAACAAAAGUUCCAAGAGGAAAGAGAAGCCUUCAUCAAGGAGAGGCAAUACCUCGAUGGAGAGAAGGAAAAUUUGAAUAAUAAGUACAAGGAGCUGGAACACAUUGCUUGUGGUCUUGACAAGCACAGAGAAGCAUUGAUGUCAGAGAAGCACCAAUACCAAAAGGAAAACGAGAUUUUUGCGGAACAACAGAGAGCGCUGCAUAAAAAUCAGCAAGAGCUGUAUGCUAGAGAGAUGGAACUGAAAGAAAACCAGCAAAAGCUGGAUGAUCAGCAGAAGGCAUUGGAUGAAUAUCAUAAAGAACGAGAACGACGGAAAGGAAACCUCAUGCAAUGGGAAUUAGAUCUCAUUAAAAGAAGGGGAGAACUGAAACAUGAUCAAGAAAAGUUGCAGGAAUGGGAGCAAAGGGUGAAUAUAAAAGAGAGACUACUGGAAGAAAAAAUGCAGAAAUUGAAGACAAAAAAGUCUCGUAAGAAGAAAGGAGCAUCUCGAUGGCUGGCGAGUUGCCUCCAACUCGUCAGGAGUAGGAUAUCUUUAUGUCUGAGGAAUUUUCCUCAACUCGGGAGGAUACGUAAUUGGCUCUCAUCAUCUCGGAGUGAGAGUGAGAGCCAAUGGCCAGAGAUCUUCCCAACCACCUCGCCAAGCAAAGGAACUCUUAUCCGGCGAGAUUCCCCCAUCACGGCAGGUGGAAGAACUCUCAUGUGGAGAGUCACCAGCUGUUUAGUGGGUUGGUGGAUGAGGUCUCAGGAGGAAAAAAAGGAAGCUCCGACGUUGGAGGACAUCAUCCCCAGUGAGGAGGCUUCAGAAGUUACCUCCCCUAGGGAGGAUUACGUCCCCACCACCCAAAGCGAGGCCUGGAAGGAGGAGCUCAGCACGACCUCACAAUUUGCUGCUGAGAGAGCAGCCUUCAGCAUACAGAAACAAAAGUUCCAAGAGGAAAGAGAAGCCUUCAUCAAGGAGAGGCAAUACCUCGAUGGAGAGAAGGAAAAAUUGAAUAAUAAGUACAAGGAGCUGGAACACAUUGCUUGUGGUCUUGACAAGCACAGAGAAGCAUUGAUGUCAGAGAAGCACCAAUACCAAAAGGAAAACGAGAUUUUUGCGGAACAACAGAGAGCGCUGCAUAAAAAUCAGCAAGAGCUGUAUGCUAGAGAGAUGGAACUGAAAGAAAACCAGCAAAAGCUGGAUGAUCAGCAGAAGGCAUUGGAUGAAUAUCAUAAAGAACGGGAACGACGGAAAGGAAACCUCAUGCAAUGGGAAUUAGAUCUCAUUAAAAGAAGGGGAGAACUGGAACAUGAUCAAGAAAAGUUGCGGGAAUGGGAACAAAGGGUGAAUAUAAAAGAGAGACUACUGGAAGAAAAAAUGCAGAAAUUGAAGACAAAAAAGUCUCGUAAGAAGAAAGGAGCAUCUCGAUGGCUGGCGAGUUGCCUCCAACUCGUCAGGAGUAGGAUAUCUUUAUGUCUGAGGAAUUUUCCUCAACUCGGGAGGAUACGUAAUUGGCUCUCACCAUCUCGGAGUGAGAGUGAGAGCCAAUGGCCAGAGAUCUUCCCAACCACCUCGCCAAGCAAAGGAACUCUUAUCCGGCGAGAUUCCCCCAUCACGGCAGGUGGAAGAACUCUCAUGUGGAGAGUCACCAGCUGUUUAGUGGGUUGGUGGAUGAGGUCUCAGGGUGAGAGGGACACCAGAGGCCCAUAG